AUGCUCCUCACUGACAACCUCAGAUUACUAAAGAAAAUCGGCUCAGGCGCCUACGGCUUAGUAUAUCUUGUGGAAGACUGCUUGACCCACAAAAAAUAUGCCCUCAAAGUCAUUUCAAAGCUCACAAACAACAAGAGUUAUAACAACAACGGCAAGGUAAAUAACAAGCCAAGCAUCCAGCUCGAAGAAAACAUCAACGCCCUAUUAUCCAAGCCUCAUUUGUGCUCGCAGAUUGCCGAGCUCAACCUCCAAACCAUCAAACAAGUUGGUCACAAUUACCAUUACCUCAAGGAAAUCUCGAUCCAUUUAAAAGUUAACGACCAUCCUAAUGUCGUCACCAUCCACAAAGUUUAUCAUUACAAAGAAUACUUGUUUAUUCUCAUGGAUUACUACCCGCAUGGCGAUUUGUUCGGCACCAUUGUCGAUGAAAAAGUAUUCCAAACGAAUCCAACUUUGAUCAAAUCGAUCUUCCUCCAAUUAUUAUCCGUCAUUAGAUAUUGCCAUGAAUUGAAAGUAUACCAUUGUGAUAUCAAACCAGAAAACAUUUUGAUCAGCGAAGAUUAUUCCAAGAUUGCCAUCACCGACUUUGGGCUUGCCGUGCAAAGCGAGUACGUUGCCGACUCGCUUUGUUGCGGAUCUUCGUAUUAUAUGGCUCCGGAAAGACUAUUGGGCACAGUUCAUCAACAUCAUAAUUAUUAUCCCACCGCGGCCGGCGAUUUGUGGUCGCUUGGGAUCAUUUUGAUCAAUUUGACCUGUAUUAGAAACCCAUGGAUGAAGGCCCUGGUACUGGAUGAAACUUUUGGGAUCUAUUUGAAUAAACCGGAAAUCUUGCUCAAGAUCUUGCCAAUCUCAAAAGAAUUGUUUUUCAUUUUGACAAAUUACUUGUUGGUGAAGAAUCCAUACAAAAGAAGUACUAAUAACUUGCCGAUUGUUCGUACUUUGGUGGGCAAUUGCAAAUCUUUCACUAAAGAAGGUCCAUUAAGUCGGUGUGAAAUUUUCACUACGUCUUCUUCUUCUUCUUGUACAACUGGUGACGAUAGUUAUCCAAGCUCGAGUUGCUGUUCUAUCACAUCAGCUUCUACAAAACGAUCAUACGAUUGUUUAUCAUACAAUACCAAUUCAUCAUCAUCAUCAACAACAACAUCUCCAUCAAAACGGUUAUCAUCAAACAUUAGUUCAACUAGUACUGCAUCAUUAUCUUCGAUUUCAUCCUCGUCAGAUGUUGCUAGCAACGAAAUCUCUCGUACCAGCUCUAGCUCAUCGGCGUCAAUCGAAUCUCUUCUUGAUAAUUGUAUCACUGGCGCUAUCAACAACAAGAAUCAGAAGAGACUCACUAGUAACAAGUUUGGAAUUUGUAUUAAUAUUAAGCCAAAGUUCCAGAUCCAGCAUCAUCUUCAUAAACCGUUCCAAUCCAACAACAACAUUAAUCCUAAAGUGGUUGACAAUUUUGAAGGCAUUGAUGCGUUGAUUGAUUACGAGUUUUCAUUUGCCGCUGGCAAACAAUAUCAUCAUUCUAACAAUUCGUUGUUCUCUUACAAAAAGUGA